AAACAAAUCCUUCAUCCAAUUUAUUUUUUCUCCAUCCCACAACAGUCUUUACAGCUUCCACGGCCUCUUCCACAGUAACCUCUCCUUUCCCCGUCUUUAUUAACUGAAAAUGAGAAUCUUUUCCUUUGUUCCCGCCGUCUUGGCCCUCAGUGUCUUCUCUGCCGCUCAGGCUGCUCCUGCGUUGAUAACGCCCCGUGAUAACUUGGACGCUGUUAUCGGCAUCUUUGUCGGCGCUCAAACAAAGAUCAUGGCUGAUGUCGCGGCCAAGAUCACCGCCGACGUCUGCGCUGAUGUCAACAUCGAAGCCAAUGCCAAAGUCGUCGUUCUUGGCGGUCUCCUCACCACCACUAUAGAUGUUGAAAAGAUCAGCCUCAAUGUGAAGGCCAAACUCGAUGCUGAUAUCAAGCUCUAUGUCGAUGCUGCCGUCAAGGCCACUGUCCUUGUUCCCAUCAGAGCCAUCGUCUCCAGAGUCGUCCUCAACCUCUGCCCUCUCCUUGAAAAUGAGUGUAUCAAGCGAAACGCCCAUAACAUCGUCGUUGCUGUCAAUGCUGAGAUUGAUGUUUGCCUUGAUAAUUUGUUUGUCGAGCUCAAGGUUAAACUUCCUAUCCAUAUCCAUGCUCGUGCUAAGAUUAUUAUUCGUGAACUCACCCUCAAUGCCGGUAUUGCAACUGCUGCCAUUCGUGCUCGUAUCUUCAUUUCCGCCAAAAUUGAUGCCCAUAUCAAGGCCUGGAUUAAUCUCUGGGUCAAUCUCUGCGCCAAGCUCCAAUUGGCUGCUGACAUUGGUCUCUUAUAAAAAAACCAUGUCCCCAUUUUGUACAUGACUGUAUUGCUACUUCUUUCCCAU